AUGGCCAGAGGACCCAACAUUUUGUCCAAAGAUUCCUCGACGCUAGCCUGGGUGUUAUUGGACAUUGGAGAAUGUUUUUCGAACUGGUGUAACAUUGAGGACAGUGGUAGACGAUUACUAGCUUGUAUAUUUGUAACUUCUGGGUUUUGGGAGGUGGGCGAAAGUAAGGUGGGCGGAAAUAAAGUGGGCGGAAGUAAGGUGGGCGGAAAUAAAGUGGGCGGAAGUAAAGUGGGCGGAAGUAAAGUGGGCGGAAGUAAGGUGGGCGGUAGUAAAGUGGGCGGAAGUAAGGUGGGCGGAAGUAAAGUGGGCGGAAGUAAAGUGGGCGGAAGUAAAGUGGGCGGAAGUAAAGUGGGCGGAAGUAAAGUGGGCGGAAGUAAAGUGGGCGGAAGUAAAGUGGGCGGAAGUAAAGUGGGCGGAAGUAACGUGGGCGGAAGUAAAGUGGGCGGAAGUAAAGUGGGCGGAAGUAAAGUGGGCGGAAGUAAAGUGGGCGGAAGUAAAGUGGGCGGAAGUAAAGUGGGCGGAAGUAAAGUGGGCGGAAGUAAAGUGGGCGGAAGUAAAGUGGGCGGAAGUAAAGUGGGCGGAAGUAAAGUGGGCGGAAGUAAGGUGGGCGGUAGUAAAGUGGGCGGAAGUAAGGUGGGCGGAAGUAAAGUGGGCGGAAGUAAAGUGGGCGGAAGUAAAGUGGGCGGAAGUAAAGUGGGCGGAAAUAAAGUGGGCGGAAGUAAAGUGGGCGGAAGUAAAGUGGGCGGAAGUAAAGUGGGCGGAAGUAAAGUGGGCGGAAGUAAAGUGGGCGGAAGUAACGUGGGCGGAAGUAAAGUGGGCGGAAGUAAAGUGGGCGGAAGUAAAGUGGGCGGAAGUAAAGUGGGCGGAAGUAAAGUGGGCGGAAGUAAAGUGGGCGGAAGUAACGUGGGCGGAAGUAAAGUGGGCGGAAGUAAAGUGGGCGGAAGUAACGUGGGCGAAAGUAAAGUGGGCGGAAGUAAAGUGGGUGGAAGUAAAGUGGGCGGAAAUAACGUGGUCGAAAGUAAAGUGGGCGGAAGUAAGGUGGGCGGAAGUAAAGUGGGCGGACGUAAAGUGGGCGGAAGUAAAGUGGGCGGUAUAAUGUUGUGCGACAGGGUCUGUGGGUUGAAACUCUGA